UCUGCUAAGGGCUGACUACUUCGCUUCGACUCGAAAGAAAUAUUAGCUAGCAUAGGAUGUGCAACGACCGACAUGACGAAUCAUCGGCGAUGCUCACCGCCUUGCCCAGCUUCGGCCAUCCACCAAAACUCAGCGCUUCCCCGUACACCAUCUCCCCUCAAAACUCCUCUCCGGCCGAAGCCGACGAGGAUUGCAGCAACGAAGACUUCGAGUUCUCCUUACUGAUUCGUGAUUACGAAACCCACCUUCCGAUCGCCGCCGAUAAAAUUUUCUCCAACGGCCACAUCCUACCCGUGUACCCCGUCCUCGCCAACACCUCCGCCGCCUUCACGGAGAAACCAAAGCGGCAGCGACUGCUCCAGCUUCUGAUGGAAGAGCACGAUUGGUUGACGUCGGAAACCUCCUCGUCCUACACCGAUGAACUGGAAGGGAUUCCUCUGGGAACUUACUGCUUGUGGCCACCGGCCCAGUCUAAUGGCUCGGUCUCUAAAUGCUGCUCCACGGGAUCAAUGCUCCUGUGGUGGAUUCGUGAUCUGGUUCUUCGCCGGAGUAAUAGCGAUAGGAAGAAGGUAGUUAUUCGUGCCGCGGAGGAGAAGAGAUCCACGGAGAGGAAGCUGGAUGCGGAGGGAUCUAAGAAUAAGGGGAAGGAAAUGGAUCUGAUCACCGCUCAUCGGUUGUACUACGUCCAAAAUUGUCGUGGAGGGAGCCGCAAGUCAUGCCUGCCUUACAAACCAGAAAUUGGGGGUCUCUUUCACCGGGCUGGUUAAGGUGCGACCAUCAUCAUCCAUUGCUAUUAUUGCUAUGAGCUGAAAAGAAAUUUUUUAAGAAAGAAGA